CCGCCGCCGUUCUUCACACUGCCGCCGUCCGUCGCUUCCAAGAGCUUCGUCUGUUCGUCGUGCACACUGCCGCCGUCCGUCGCUUCCAAGAGCUUCGUCUGUUCGUCGUGCUCCAGCCCCUCUCCUCAUUCCCCUGUUCCUCGUCUGUUCUUCUCGCUGCUCAGUCGCGCUUUGCCCGCCGAACCCUCGUCGUGCUCGUCGCCUGGUCGCCGUCGUCCGUCGUGCUCUUCCAUUCGAAGUUUGAUUGAUCCCAGGGCAAGUGAGAACACGGGUGAUUUAGAAGGUGAAACAGUUUAAAAAUCGAAAAACCAAGCCAAAUCAAUCGAAUUAAUUUGGUUCAGUUUGGUUUAGAUGGCUUAAAAAACCCGAACCAAACCAAUCCAAUUAAAAUCGAAAUGAUUUGAUCGGUUGGUUUUUCGUAUCACUGCCAAACCAAUCCGUACCACAAACCCCGUUGAUGAUGAAUCGGCUAAAGCCAAUUGCUCGUUCUCUGCGGCUUCGAUUCCUCGAAUUGCCUCUUGCCACCCGACUCAUUGCAACUCGGUCACUCCAACACUCUCUGAACCAAGUGACUCGCUCCUCUUUCAGCGCUAGUUCUACUGCUGCACCUACGGUUUCUUCCCUUUCGUAUCAUCACUCUUGCAAUUUUCGCUUUCCAAGCAUUCAUCACAGAUUCUUCUUUUCUUCGAAACCUAGCUCAAUUUUGGAGCUUGUUUCGGCCAACGAUUGGUCCCAAGGGUUAGAGCUAGAGUUGGACAAGUGUUCCCCCUCUCUGACACAUGAAACUGUUCUCUAUAUUUUGAGGAGGUUGGAUAAAAAUCCCCAAAAAGCUUCGUGCUUUUUUAGUUGGGUCAGUGAGAAACAAUGGUUUAUACCAAGUUCAUCCGUGUAUAGCUUGAUUGUUAGAAUUUUGGCCAAUAAGGAGACCAUGAAACAGUUUUGGGUUACUCUAAGGAUGAUGAAGGAAAAGGGGUUUUUUCUCGAUGAAGAAACUUAUGUGACGAUUUCAAUGCAUUUUAAGAAGGAAAAAAUGGACUCUGAUUGUGUUGCUUUGAACCACUUCUAUCAUCGGAUGCUGGAGGAAAAUGCAAUGCAAGGUCUUGUCAAGAAGGUGGUUGGGGUUGUUUCGGCAUCAAAGUGGGGAGAUGAGGUUGCGAACGGAUUGGAGAAGCUUAACAUUCAGCUGUCGGAUAACUUUGUGAUAAGGGUUUUGAAGGAGCUUCGAACUCAGCCUUCCAAGGCUUUCGAGUUCUUCCAUUGGGCUGGGAAGCAAUUUGGUUUUGAGCAUAAUACUAUUACAUACAAUGCAAUUGCAAGGGUUUUAGCUAGGACUGAUUCGGUUGAGGAGUUUUGGAAUAUUCUUGAGGAGAUGAAGAGUUUUGGUCAUGAAUUGGAUAUCGAUACUUAUGUGAAGAUAUCGAGGCAGUUUCGAAAGAGUAGGAUGGUGGAGAAUUCGGUGAAGCUUUAUGAGCUUAUGAUGGAUAGCUCAUACAAACCAUCAGUUCAGGAUUGUGUUAUCCUUUUGAAGAGUAUAUCUGAAUGUGAUUUUCCGGAUCUCAAUUUAGUUUUCAGAGUAGCUAGGAAAUAUGAGUCAACUGGGCACACACUAUCCAAGGCAAUCUAUGAUUCCAUCCAUAGGUCUUUGACAAGCUUAGGGAAAUUCAGUGAAGCUGAAAAAAUUGUUCACACAAUGAGAAAUGCUGGUUAUGAGCCUGAUAAUAUCACCUACAGUCAAUUAGUGUUUGGACUUUGUAAGACAAGGAGGCUUGAAGAAGCAUGUAAGGUGUUGGAUGAGAUGGAAUCUUGUGGAUGUAUCCCUGAUAUCAAGACAUGGACCAUCUUAAUCAAAGGGCAUUGUGAUGCCAAAGAAGUAGAUAAGGCAUUGCUUUGUUUUUCUAAGAUGGUCGAAAAGGGCUGCGAUGUUGACGCUGACUUAUUGGACUUUUUGGUUGAUGGUUUUCUUGGUCAGGAAAGGGUGGAAGGUGCUUACAAGUUGCUUGUAGAGGUUGUUAGCACGUAUCGUAUAUCGCCAUGGCAAGCUACAUUUAAGAAUCUGAUUGAAAGAUUGUUAGGAGUUGGGAAGCUUGAGAAUGCAUUUGACCUUCUUCGUCUAAUGAAGACACACAACUACCCUCCAUACCCUGAACCCUUUGUUUCCUAUAUUUCCAAGUUUGGGACAGUAGAAGAUGCUGCAGAAUUUCUUAAGGCACUGAGUUUGAAAAAAUACCCAUCUGUUGCAUCUUACCUUCAUGUUUUUGAAUCCUUCUUCCGAGAAGGUAGAUUCUAUGAAGCCAAAGAUUUGUUGUACAAGUGUCCUCAUCAUAUUCGUCAGGACAGUAAAAUCGCUGAACUUUUUAGUUCAAACAAGAGUCGUGCAGCCACUAAUUGACACCUGGAAACUCUUUCUUUUUUCUAAUAUGCCUCAUCUUUUUUCCAAAUGAUUACUGUUAUCAACUCUGAUCAAGCUGUUAGGUGGGUUUGGUCAUUUGCUGGCAGAAGACCACUUGGAUUAUAAAUAUUUUGUCAGUUCAAGCUUCAUACUUGCAAUUGUAAGAGAUGUUCAUGUAUGAUCAAUGAUGUUAUAACGACAAUGGCAAUUUUUGAAAUGAUUUACCCAUUUCAGCGUGUAUAUCUUAUUAACAUGAAGGGCUCGUGUUACAUUGGUCCCUGCACCUUAGGGAGUUACCUUGGCUCUUAAAAUUAUAAAUUGAUUAAAAGAUUUAUCUGAAAAACGGGUCUUCGGAAUUCAUUUUUUGAGUUAGAUUUCCCCCCUAAAGCCCUAGUUAAUUGGAGACCGGUGUCAACUGUCACACCGAGAAGUAUUAACUAAUUGAUUUGCUUGUGAUACUCCAGAAUGUGCCAGGUUUCUCCGUUUUUUUUGCUCUCGUUUGAUUGUAGUUACUUGGGGCUGAUUCAUGAUAAGGUUGACCAGAACACACAGGAUAUGCAGCAUAUAAUCUUGCUGAGCAUGCGCCAUUGCCAUUGAUAUUCUGGAUCACUUGCAGCAAUUUUCGGAACUUGAAUCUGAUUAAAAGAGAUUGAUAUGCAAAUAAAAACAUUUCAAUUGUUUCAUUAUAUUUCUUUAGUAUUAAGUAUUAACCAAGCAUUACAUAACAAUUUUUUUAAAAGAAUUAUACUAUUCUCCUGAGUUUUGUUUCUUCCAUGUUAUUUGACAUUAGCGUAUGUUUCAGAUAUCAGAUUUAAUUGAGCCAAGAUGAAGGUUGU